UCAGAAAUAGCCCAACGUCACAUGCAUACAUUUUAUGACACGUGAGAUGUGCUGUGGUCUUUAUUUACAAAAGUUGGAACUGCGGCUGUUUGACGUUAUUGUGUCUAAUGUAAACAAAAUGAAUACAUGUGAAAAUUCAAUGUCUGAUUCUUUCAUGGAAGAACAUGCAGCAAAGAGAAUAAAGCUCGAGAUUGCAGAAAGGCCUUUGAAUUUUGCCAUAUCACCAGAAGAAUUGGAGAUGCAGUCUAUAAAAAAAGCUAAACUACCAAGGGAUCCAAUGUCCCACAGAAUCAUAGAAAAGAGGCGAAGAGAUCGCAUGAAUAACUGCUUAGCAGAACUCAGUCGACUAAUCCCACCAAGCUACUUGAAACAGGGUCAAGGUCGUAUAGAGAAGACAGAGAUAAUAGAAAUGGCAUCAAAACUUAUACGAAACCUGUUGAACUUGCAUAACUUCAGAGAAAUGAUGGCGAAAGAGUUACCACCAGAUGGUGGGGGUUCCAAUCCAUGUUGUCAGGAAAAGUUUUACAUGGGAUAUAAGGAAUGUCAGGAGGAGAUACUACAUCAAUUGAUCGACACAGAAGGGCUGGACCCUAAAGAUGCUUUCUAUCAGAGAAUGACAAACUUUUUAGACCAGAGCAGUAAGAAAUUUCUCCGGUUAUCAACAGUAAAAUCUGCAUCUGAUGUCCAAAAUGUAAAGCCUGACGAUUCCUUGACGUCAGAAGCAGCAAUUUCAAAUUUUAACUCACAGAGCAAUGGUCAAGUGCUGCAUGGCAUGGGAAUUUCUGAAAACAACAUGGCUAUGAUAAAACAAGAUGAACAUCUUUGUACCUUACUGAAGCCAACAGAACAAACAUCCAGCCAAACAUCAGGAUACUGUAGUUCUAGUAAUCAGUCCUUGUCAGAUGGCAGCUUAUCAUGCAUUACACUGCAGUCUGUUCAAAGAGAUACAGCAGAGAAAGAUGAAUGUAACGGGUCAAGAGGUAGUUCAUGCUCCAGUGACCAGAAUUCAUCGGAAGGUAGUAAUGGACACAAGAUUGAUUACCAUAAGUCACAUGCUUACAAAUUUAAGCACAAUAUAACAAAAAGGUUUUCACAAGAAAGACGUCCUUAUCAUCACAAAAGUGAUAGAUCCUCAGAUUCGAUGGAGGAUGAAAAUGAACAAGGAAAGCAAAAAUCAAUGGGCUAUAGAACUUCCAGUUCUGGUACUGAAUAUAGUCGAUAUUUAGGAUCUGAAAAUAGUUCUACGAACAGUUAUUGCGAGAAAAACAAAGUUCCACGAUAUCAGAAUGACUUUGGCAGUGAUGGUCGUUUUGAUUCAAAACAGGUGCCUUUACCUGCCUUUGUACUUCACCCUCUUGGAACACAUUAUGUUCCAGUGACAAUACAUCCUACACAUUUCAAAAAUGUGUUUAAAGAUGAAACGAAUACUAAAGCAUCUUCAUCAGCAUAUCAUCCCAUUAGUAUCCCUGUGAACUUCUGUGGUCCAACUGUUUCCAUACAUACACCGGUAGAACAGCAGCUCAUACAUGCCUCAGAAGGACAGAAGGAAGUAAAAAUGCAUUGAAAAUUCAAAGAAAAUGUUUUGAAAGAAAAUCUAAAGAUAUUUGUGCAUAUUAACAAUUUUGGUACAAAAAAUGUGAUGUUUAAAAACAAAUACUUUUAAUGUUUUUUUACAAUAAGACUUUGUUGUCAAGAAAUAUAUAUAUUGUUUUGUGAAACAGAACUGUUGAUUCUUAAAUCUGAAGUGAUGAAAUAGUUUUAACUUUUCCAUGCUCAAACUUAAAGUUUUUAUCUUUGUUUUUGUUUAAUUUUUUAUAAAAAAAGUAAAGGAAAGCAAUUGUACGGUUGUUAUUUGUUUUAAUUUCAAACAUUCAAACAUACAGUAAAUUUUAUUUGAAGAAUUUGUAUUGCUUUAGUUUUGUUAUUAUUGUUAUGUGUCUUUGUAUUCAGUUUAAAAGUUUAAAAAAUAUUUUGUUGUUAUUAAAUUUGAUAUUUUUUUCUUUUUUUUUAUUGUAAAGAUCUAAGAUUUUGACAGUUUAUUUUGAAGGAAACAAAAAGUGUUUUAAAGCCUCUGAAUAAAAUUAAUCAUAAUCAGUAAUGGCAGUUAGACAAUUCAGCAUUUGCACUCUUUAUUUUAUGUAUAGAGAGAGAUUUAUCAUCAGUGUUCAUACAGAUUUUUAUUAUGAACAGAUAAGAAGUUAUGAAAUGGUGUUUGUUUUAUGACUUUUUGCAGUAUUGGUGCAUUAAAUAGGUUAUUUAUCUAUUUACUUAUCUUGUUUUGAUGUAGAUAUUGUGGCACUAAUCUGUUGUUAAAUAUAUUUUGUUUUAAAGCAAUAAUGAAUUUCAAAAUAAUUUGAUUUUUUUGUAAAUUAUACUUCAUUAUUAGACACCUUAAAAAUGUACCUUGCAAAAUGUGCAAUGGGCUGUAUUUCGUGAUGCACCUGUCAGGUUGUCCAUUCAACUCAAGUUUGGUUUCAUGAUAUGUAAACUGCCCCUUUGAUAAAUUGCUUGAAAAUUUAAAUAAUGUCAUAAGGGAUGAAUUUUAGUUCCAAAACAUUUGUAAUGGUUCUGAUAUUUAUCUUUCAAGAGUGUCAUAGUCAAUUUAAAGGAGUUUCACAAACUUCCAGAUGAUAAUGAUAAUACUGCUUGACCAAUACUGCUUGACAUUUACUGUUGAAAUGUUAUGCCCUUGUUUAAUUUGAAAAGUAGGGUUUCUUUUGUUUCUGGAUAGGAAAGAGUUAUCAAGAGUUAUUACCCUUAGUAACCUUUACCUUUAAUUUUUUUUUUACUUUGUACCAAAGUGAUAAAGUACUAGUUGACAGAAUCUUUCUAGAUUUUAACUCAUAAAACAUAAGAUACAGGCAAUGUUUGAUAAGAAAAAUGUAUUGAGAAUUUACAUUUAAAGAUUUAUUUUGCAAGUGGGGGGUAUCUAUGAAUUCUAAAUCACAGUACCUUGCUGUAAAGAGGCAAUGUAAUAUUCCAUCAAUUAUGCAAAUCAAGAAGUUGUACAUUUUGUAUUAUAUUCAAAGUGGUUAAAAGCAGUGAGAUUAGGAAUAACUCUGAAAUUUUCAUUUCAUUAUCUAAAGUAUUCUAGGUAUUACUGUAAAAAGCAUACACCAUAGUGUUGGCUAAGACAAUCUUAAACUAUGUGAUUAUAUUUAAGAUUUCAGAGUUUUAGAUUCUAUAAUGGCAAAUUAUGAUGUUUAAGUUUCUAUUUUAUUGUGUAUAGCGCAUGUUAUGUAAUAUUAAUAAAAGAUUAUAUAAUAGGACCUACCCGGUAUAUGAGUAAAUGAUUGAAGGAUUACACUUCAAUAUAAAUCAUUGUUUUCUCAAUUUGUCUGCAUAAUAAUGAAAUGUUACUUUGUCUUUUCUAAAAGUCAGUGAAUAAUGCUAUAUAUAGGCUGUUCUAGAUUUAUCACAUGGGCAGUUAUACAGCUAUCAAAUUAGCAAAGUGUAAGUGGUAGCAUUUUCUUUAGAAAUUUUAAGUAAAAUUUAAAUUAUGGAUGGUUGGGGGUGAUGACAUUUUUAUGAGCAAGAGACAUAUAUAUUGCUAUUUAUUAAGAAUUGCAUUUCAGUAAAGCUUAUUUUAACAAACAUAAAAGUAUAAAAUUGUUGAUAAAUCUUCAUUAAGAAACACAAGUUAGAUGAAUUCUGAAACAAGAUAUGCAUAAAGUUGACUUCGCUAACAUAGUACAUGUGUACUUAGUUUAGUGAAAUAAAAAUUUAAAAUGAGAUGGUAUGACCUACUAGCUUAACAUGUAUUAUUGUUAUAUUUUUUGUUGUUUGAAGGGUGAUUAUUGUUAUUGUUUUGUAUAGUUUGUUACAUUUAUUAAAUUGUUUGUUUUUGAAGAAGAUUGUUUUUUCCAUACUUCAUUGUAAUAAAAUAUAGUGAAUACAC